AUGCUAACCGAACAUGAAGUCCUGCCACGCGUGAUUGCUCAAGAGGAACCUCGCACAUUAACGGCUCAAAGUAGAUAUGAGCUGCGGGUAAUCCAGCAGCCUGAAUUCGCGGCUGAGACGCUAGUUGGUCCUUAUGGACUUCCUAUCGUCCCCGCGCCGAUGGUUGAGGUCAUCCGGCUCAUAGAUGGACGAGAAGUGGAUUUGGCUCCAGAGGAAGCCAUGCGCCUCGUAUUGACUCCACAUGUGAUGCGCGGAGGCUUUGAUAAUGAGCCGCUAGAAGAUGUAACUGAGCAAGGCCUUCGGUUUGAGCCAACGAACGUCAUUCUGGAUGGAAACCACUGGCUUUUUGUAUUCGGUGAUUGCGGCAUUCGUAAUGUUGGGCGAUAUAGCCUUCGUUUCAGCUUAUGGCCCAUGGAGAACGGCGCACCUGCCCUAGCCCAGGUGACGACGCAAACUUUCCCCGUGGUCGAGACUGGCGAGUGGCCAUUGCACGAACGAUGGUUCACUCCAUUGAGCGCGCGCAUCGCGGAGGAACAUCCGCGUCUGCAUAUUUACAGGCCGAGGUUCUGA